UGCAAUAAUCAUUACGUCGAGUCUUCGUCCUUAUGAGUGCUGGGAGUCGUUGGUUCUCAAAAGUGUAAAAUUAUAAGAAAUUUUCCCAAGAGUUGCUGGCGUAAAUGACCAUUGAAAACGUGAACAUGGGGGAGCAGCCCAUAUUUUCGUGCAAGGCGCACGUGUUCCACAUCGACCCCAAGACAAAGAGAUCGUGGAUCCCGGCGUCGUCCUCUGCCGUCUCCGUCUCCUUCUUUUAUGACUCCACCAGACAGCUCUACCGCAUCAUCUCCGUCGAGGGGACCAAGGCGGUGAUCAACAGCACCAUCACACCUAACAUGAUGUUCACCAAAACCUCACAGAAGUUCGGCCAGUGGUCCGACAUGCGCGCCAACACUGUGUAUGGCCUUGGCUUCUCCACAGAGGCUGAGCUCAACAAGUUCAUCGAAAAGUUCCAGGAGGUGAAGGAGGCAACGCGCUCCAGCAAGAGCAACGGCACAAUCAGUGGAGGUGGUGGUGGCGGAGGUGGAGGUGGUGGGGGGGGCGUGGGUGCAGGGGGUGGGGCAGGGGGCGCUGUGUCGUCCUCAUCAGGCCCGGCCUCCGCCACGGCGUCUCCGCUCACCUCGCGCGCCAAGAUCCAGGACCCGACGGCCUCAGACAUCAAUGCCGUCACGUCGGGUCUGGACCACCUAGCCCUGGCCAACUCUAAUGACAUAAAUGCCACGCUGCUCAAAUCGUCUCUUGUUGCUCACCAGCGCUCUCAGAGCCUCUCAGCAGGACUCCAGCCUGCAGGGGAGAGCCCCAAGCACAAGCAGGCUGGCGCCGGAGGUGGCGGUGGCGGUGGAGGCGGAGGCGGGAGUGACAAGGGUGGACCCGCAGGUGCAGGAGCCAAUGUCGACACACAGGUGCAGCUCAAGUAUGAAAAUGACAGGCUCAAGCUGGCCCUCGCUCAAAGUUCUGCCAACGCCAAGAAGUGGGAGAUCGAGCUGAACUCGCUGAAGACGACAAAUGCGCGGCUCACAUCAGCGCUGCAGGAAUCCACAGCCAACGUGGAAGAGUGGAAGAAGCAGUUGCAGACCUACAAGGAGGAGAACAGCAGGAUGAAGACGCGCAUACAUGAGCUGGAGGCUGGAGGCAGGACAGGGGUAGGAGACUCAGACGAAUUGGUGAAGGAGGUUGGUGCACUACGAGCUCGCCUGGAGGGUAUGGACGAUGAGAUCCGUUCUCGGGAGGCCACCAUCGAAGACCUAGAGAAACAGAUCCAGCGCAUGCGUGCAGAUGACCAGAAAAUCCAGCACCUUGCAGAAGAAAAUGAGCAGCUUCGCAUGGAGACCUCCCGAGCACAGUCACAAUUGGAGGUUGCCAUGGCAACGCAGGACAGCCAACGUGGCGUGGUGGAGAGUGUGAACAUGCAGCUUGGAGACAGGAUCAAGGACCUUCUGGCCCUCCACCAUGAACUGAACCACCUGCUCACCACCUGAGGGGGGUCAGGUCGGGGGCCGCCUCCUCCCCCCGCUUCCCAACGCUCCAAUGCGGCCGCAGGCCAGAGAAAGACCAUUCGCCUUCAGGCCGUCUGGCACGUUUGAAGCGUGGGCGCGGGGAAUCCCAAACACGGCUGCUUCUGACCUGGGAACACGCUAGUCUUUUACUAUUCUCAUCUGUGAACCCCCACCCCUCCCACACCCCUCCCCAUUCAUCACCUGACAGAGUUCCUCUCUUGGCCCUCAGCCCACCACUCCCCACCCACCACCCACCAAGCUACAACGUAAUCCCCUUGUUAUAUGAAUGAAAUCUCCCCUUUCCCUCUCACCCCCUUCCCCCUCCCUUAUUGCCUUGUUUACCAGACCCCACACCCCCUCCCGCUUAACCAACUUAUGCUCAUAUUAUUCACCAGCUGCUGCUGUUGCUGCUGCUGCUUGUUUUAUCAGCUUUUCUUUCCCAUUGCUUGUCUUUUGAUCUCUUUGAUUCCUAAUUUCUCCUUACAAAAAGAAAUAUUUCUUUGGAUGUCAUGAUGCAUUAAUUUCGAAAGUAACAUCCCCCAUCCGCCCACCACCACCCCAACCCACGGGUUCCAAGGACCACAAGCUUCAUUGCAGCUGAAGCGGUCAGCCUCAUAGAUGGACCCGCAUCACAGGUUCUACCAGUUAUUUCUCUGCUCUCCCUCCUGCCACUCGCCCCUCUCCCUGUCAACUUGCUCUCCAUGUUGUUCCAUCAGUCUUGAUGGCGACUUGCUAUUCCCCUUCUAUUUACAAGCCUGAACUACCCAGUUUCUCCCUCUCACUUUUGGCUUGUCAAAUUACCCUGUUUUAUGGACUUCUUUACAUCUUUUUGUGUCUUGAGCCUUUUUGUGCUUCUGUUUGGGGUACACCCUUUAGCCCCACCAUAGGCAGAAGCAAGAAGAAAAACAAAGUUAAUAAUGAAAGCAUAUUGUGGUCUCUUGUGCAGGAAGUCUCAAUAAGGUAUUCCAGUUUAGGUGACGGUCACUGACAGAACAAAGCAUCUCUCUUUGAUUAUCUAUAGAUGAAAGAUAGUGUUAAAAGAAAGGGACUUAUUUAUUCAUAUGUGUGUGUGUGUGUGUGUGUGUGUGUGUGUGUGUGUGUGUGUGUGUGUGUG